AUGUUCCGCACCGCUCUCCGCACCGUCGCACCCCGUGCCCUCCCGCGCGUCCAGGCGCCCGUCGCCCGCUCCUUCCUCACCUCGGCCAUCCGCCUCAGCGAGCACCACGAGCCCAUCAUCCAGGGCGAGGGCGGAAAGGCUGGCGAGGUCCCGACCGACUUGCAGCAGGCGACCGGUCUCGAGCGCUUCGAGCUCCUCCACAAGCUGCAGGGCGAGGAGGCCUUCUCGAUGGAGCCUCUCGACGCGUCCCGCUACGGCACCCUCAAGGAGCCCGUCAUGGUCUUCUCCCUUGACCACGAGCGCAUUGUUGGCUGCACUGGUAUCCCUGCUGACAGCCACGACACCGUCCACAUGGUCGUCCCCGACUCGAAGCCCGUCCGCUGCCCCGAGUGCGGCUGCGCGUACCAGGUCGACUACCAGGGAGCGGAGGACUCGCACGACCACCACCACUAA